CGCGUCUUAUUACAGUAGUCGCAUCUUUAUAUUGUCGGAAUAAGAGCUAUUAUAAUGUACUUUAAAAGUUACCAACCGUAAAUAAAUUCUGGCCAAGGUCUGGGUCUCCAGAAAUAAAUAUUACAUCCUCCAGAGAAAAGGGAAGCAUGCCAACUUUUACGUUGUGUCGUCAGUCAAUUGUAGAAUACCGUUGAUGAUAGUCAUUCGUAAUAGCUGUGACUGAAUUCAAUUAAAUAACGGUGAAUUAAAUUUUGGCGGCAAAAUGGAGGAAGAAUACUACCACGUGGUGACAAGAAUGGAAGAUAUAACCGAACAAGAUGACCGCCAUUUGGCGGGCGCGAGGAAGGAAAUAAGGAACGGAAAUACGGACUUGACAGUAAUUAUACCUGAAAAUCCGUUUCCCGAAAUAGAAGUGGACGCUUACCCGCCGUUAAAGUUUUCGUGGGUUAUCCCCAAGAAAUUGGCGGCAAUGGCCUUCCCUAGACAUAAGGAGAAUUUAAAAUUUCUUGUCAAUCAAGGUAUAACGCAUUUGGUCACACUGACGGCGGGAAAAAAACCACCAGUAGAUGACGUACCAAGGUUGAAGUGGACAGAAAUACCUGUGGAGGAGUUCGAUGUCCCCACAGUAGAGCAGAUAGAGAAAUUCAUAGACAUUUGUAAGAAGGCCGAUAAAAAAGGAGAGGUGCUUGGCAUACACUGCAGACAGGGCAGAGGCCGUUCCGGAGUGAUGCUCGCGUCCUACCUCGUGCAUUUCCAUCGAUUCGACCCAGAGCAGGCGCUUAAUGUUAUUCGAAUGAUUCGACCUGGAUCGUGCGAUUUCUGCGAGCAAGAGGAAGCGGUGGGACGGUAUUACGAACGAUUGACGGAAAAUAAUCCUCUACGCUUCGGUGUAAGCGGUGAAGUAAUGGAAGAAUUUAUAGAAGCAGCUAAGGAAUAUACGAAAAAAUCACUAUAAAAAUAUAUUCUUGAACUGUAGGCUAGGGCAAACUCGAUUUUGCAUUAUUUAGUA